GUUCCGCAGUUGAAAACAGAAAGUAGCCUGUAUGUUUUAAGCUCUAUUCGUGACAUUCAUUUAAUAACGAAGCAGACUAUGUCACAUAUGUUCUGAACAGAGAAGGACAAUCAAUAUCAGCUAGAAGAUAUGGCGCUGCGGGCGUGUGGAUUUGUCAUCUUUCGUUGUUUGGCUCAGCUGCCUCCACCUGAUAACAUAGAGUUCCUGCUGCUGCAGACCUCAUAUGGAGAACACCACUGGACACCACCCAAAGGUCAUGUUGACCCUGGAGAGGACGACCUCACCACCGCCUUGAGAGAAACUCAAGAAGAAGCGGGUUUAGGUAAAGAUCACCUGCGUGUGGUGGAUGGUUUCCUGCAGAGGUUGCAUUAUCAGGUCCGGGGGAAGGACAAAGAGGUCGUGUACUGGCUGGCUGAGCUUCGCAACCCAAACACACAGGUCAUUCUCUCUGACGAACACCAGGAUUACAGAUGGGCCAAGCUAGAGGAAGCCUGCAAGCUGGCACAAUACCAGGACUUACAGGACACACUUACAGCGGCACAGCGCUAUCUAGAAACAAACAGAAAACACUAACAUUUACACUAACACUGACAAUACUUGCAUUGGUAUUGAUUAAUUGUUUUAGAAGGCUGAAUGCAUGAAAGUUUAACAGAGGAGCUGGUGUUUUGUAUGAGUUUGACUGAUUUUUGACAUCCGUCUCUGUGUCAUGAAAUUCAUAUUAUAUAGUUUGCUUCCUUGUAUUUGAAAAUGUCAAGAGAAAGCCUUGCAUCUAACCUUACAACCUUGAACUCUCGACCAACAAACUAAACAAAGCGGUUAUUCAUUUUAAAGAAUGUUCCGGGUUCAGUGCAACGUAAUCUCUAGUAACUCCAUGUGAGGCUUGCCGUUAAUAACCACAGAAAAGCUAAACAAAACACUUUCAGCACAAUAUAAUGGAAGUCUAUUGGCCAUCGUAGACAUACACCUUUUUUUCCUGUGGUAAUUAACAGUAUGAUUUAUAAAGCUUGUUUUUACCUGGAAAGACGGUAAGGCUUGAAAAAUGAGACUGCUAUUUUUUGUCAGAUCUAUACAUGCAUAGCAAAUAAUCCCAUCUAAUUCACUUUGUUUUUACAGUUUAUCCACAUACUGUAACAUUAUUCAGAGUUGCAGUUUAGAUCUAGUUGCAAAUACCUCAUGAAUAACACAUUAGAAGCUAAAUGGUACAUCAGGAAUAAUGCUGUACACAAAUUAUUUUGUUGUAGUCCUUUUGUCAUGUAGAUUGUUUUGCUGUAAUUGUAAUGAAACUAGUAAAUGAAAUACAGCUCA